AUGUUCAAGUUGAUUGCAGAUAUUGAAUACUUUUGCAGCGUCAAACAACCUCCAUACUUGAUUGAAUUUCUUGAUGUAAUUGGUCCAACAUGGGUGUUUGUCACUUACAAAUCAGAGAAUGUCCUUGCCAUCUCACCAGCUAAGCUCUUCAAGGCCUAUGUCCUUGAUGGUGUCAACUUGUUCCCCAAAGUCAUCCCUCAAAUUAAGAACAUUGAAAUCCUCGAAGGUGAUGGCGGAGCGGGAACUAUCAAAAAGAUCACUUUUGGAGCUGGUGAUCAAGCCACAUAUGUGAAGCACAAGAUUGAAUCGGUAGACAAAGAGACUUUCUCAUACAAUUACAGCAUAAUCGAUGGCGAAAUCCUGAAGGGUGCUCUCGACAAAAUCAAUUCGGAGAACAAGAUUGUGACAUCUUCUGAUGGAGGGUCUAUCUGGAAGACCACCACCACAUACCAUACAAAGGGUGACAUGUUCAAGGCUGUUGAAGCCUACCUCUUGGCCAAUCCGGAUGCCUAUUAG